AUGGAGCUUGAUGGAAGCGAGGUGACUUGCUUGGAAUCCUUAGCAAGGACGCUCAAGAGGGUGGGAACUCGGCAGCAGUCCGGGAAUUUGGGACUCCGAAGCCCUUUGGCAGGUAGCAGCCGGCAGGAGGCAUCUCUCCCGCGCAAGCAGCCAGGGCAGCGGGCUGCAUUGACCUUGUCUCCAACUACAGGCGUGAAGACCCCUUUGUGGAGGAAGGAGGUGGAGGAUCCCGAGGCCAGGGAGGAGGAGCUGGAGGACGAUUCAUCGUCGUCCUCGUCGUCGUCGUCGGUGGAGGAGAGGUCGGACCCCGAGAGCGCGACCGAGACGGAGGAGGACUCCCGAGAUGCGGUUGAGCGCGAGGCCCGCUCGGUGUCCUACAGUCCGCUGCGCCAGGAGUCCAGCAGCCAGCAGGUGGCGCUGCUGCGACGCUCCGACAGCAGCUUCUGGGGUUGGCUCAGCCCGUUCGCUCUGCUGGGUGGCCUGGCGGCCCCGGCGGACAGGAAGCGGGGUGCCCCGGAGGAACCGUGUGUGUUGGAGACGCGGCGGCGGCCACCGCGCCGGGGGGGCUGUGCGCGCUGUGAGAUCCUUUUCUGCAAGAAAUGCAAGACACUGCACAGCCACCCCGCCUACGUGGAGCACUGUAUUCUUGAGCACCCUGACCUGGGUAAGGCAGAGGCCGCCGGCAACUCUGAGCUCAUUGACUCCCAGCCUCUGAGCCCGCAAUGCUCCAAACUCUUCUAUCUCUAGUGAGUUCCACAGAACUGUCCCUUCAAGCCGCCAUCCUUAGCGCCUCCUACCGGUGAGAAGACCCACUGUCGGUUCACGGUUCCCUCUGUGGUCUUGCGGAACUAUAGAAGAAACUAGGCACUCCUCCCCAGACAGUACCCAGCACCUACAGCCCUCCUGAGCCUCAUGCCUUCAGCACAGCCUUGCCUGCAUCGUUUUCAGGUCUUCUGGCUUCUAUCCAGGCGUGGCCUGGAGAAAGCCUCGGGGUUCCCUCGGCCCUCUUAAUAAAUUGCCUCUUUCCCUCUAAUCGGCAAUAGUCU